GAAAUGGGCCCAAAAAAAAAAAGAUGGAGAGAGGGAGAAUGGAGUAUUUCAGAAGCUCACUGCUUCGCUGAUUUUGAGGCAUGCAAGAGAGUGUGAGAGAGGGGAGAGAGAAGGAGGAGUACUGCACAAGUUUCACAGACCCACAUUUGUAUUGCGUUUGGGCCUCUGCUCUGCAACAUCAAUCUCGCUGAAGUUUCCUGAGCUCUCUCGGAGCAACACCCAGGUGUUUUGAGAUAAUGUUGAGGAAGAGAACUAGGUCACUCCAGAAGGAUCAAAACCUCAUGGGUCAUGUAGCAAAUCCAGACGCUAAUUCGGACUACUAUUCUCAGUCUCACUCUCUGGGGAGAAACAUCAAAAGCAAUUCAAUUUUCAAUGUUCCUCGUGUGUUCGUAGGUCUGGGUCCUAAGGGCUUACUAGAUUCUGAUUCAGUUAGGAGCCCAACAUCUCCACUUGAUGUUAGGGUGCUGUCAAACUUAGGAAACGCAAUUAGAACCCCAAGAUCAUCUACCCAUGAGGGGAAUCAAAGGAGCUGGGAAUGCGGCAAAGUAGGCCUAAGCAUAAUAGAUUCUUUGGACGAUUGUGCUAAAUUUUCGGGGAAAGUUCUCCGACCAUCAGAGAGUAAGAAUCUCAGUCCCAGUCCAAGAAUGAGGGUGAAAAUUCCAAAUUGUCAAGCCUAUACUGAUUCUUUUGAGGCAUCUAAAUCCUUACCCAAGGAUUUUUGUAAGCCUCCUUAUAGCAAGAGUGGGUCUAUUUCUGGCAAGGGUGAAUCAAGAGUUCUCUUUGAAAUUGGAGAAACCCGUCCAGAGAUUGAGCCAUUUGGGAAAAGUAGGUCUUGUUCUUUGGACUCCUGCAGUCCAUUGAAAACCCUUUCUGGUUUAACUCAUUCGAACAUUGAUUUGAUCUCUGAGAUUACCAUGAAAAAUAUGAUCCACCAAGUGGGCUCUCCUCCUCAUUUUAACGGGGGAAGCCAGAACUCAAGCACCUUAUCUCAUACAGAAUUCAAUUCGAAACCUUCAUCCAUAUGUACAUCAAAUGAAUUUGUUGGUUCCCUAUCAGCUGGUGAGAUUGAACUUUCUGAGGACUACACAUGUGUAAUUUCCCGUGGUCCUAAUCCAAAAACUACUCAUAUUUUUGGAGAUUGCAUCCUGGAAGGUCAUCCUAAUGUUUUUGGAAACCAUUGUAAGAAUCAAGAGGGGGAUAAUGGAGUGCUGCCCCAUGUGGCCAACAGCUUACAAACUCCAAACCAAUAUCCCUCUAGUGACUUUUUGAGUGUCUGUUACCAUUGUGACAAGAAACUGGAGGAGGGGAAAGAUAUUUAUAUAUAUAGGGGUGAAAAAGCAUUUUGCAGUUUAAGUUGCCGGGCUCUGGAGAUCAUGAUUGAUGAGGCACUCGAGAAGAAAUCAAAUCCAUCUUCUGGAAAUUCUUCUCCAAAACCAGAAAAUAAUGAGGAAGUUCCUCCGCCUGGCAUUUUCACAGCCACCUAGAGGCUUUUUCUGCCAUGCCCACCUUGACCCUGACAAGGGUGGAUGCAGUUGAUCAUCUGUUCAUAGAAGAGCUGUCUUGUGUGCAUCAAUCAGCAGCCAUGGAUGAUCAUUUUGUACAUCACUGCGUUUGCCAUUGGUGUUUCAGCUUUCAUGCUCCUGGUGGAUGAUGGCUCUUGAACGGCUAGUUUUGGUUUUCAUAUAACUAGAGAUAUCAUGUUGUCAAACUUGCUGAUACUGGUAGCUUAUUUUACCCCAUGCAGAAAGGGUUGAAGCCGAUUUUUCUGCCUUCCCCUUCUAUUCAAUUUAGCUUGCAAUCUACAUUACCUCUGCAUUAUGUUAAAAAUCAAUGUAUACUAUCC